CAGGUUCAAUUAAAGCAUGAUCAGUUAACGCUCUUUACCAUAAUUAUUGUCACUGUGCCUGUCUCAAAAGUUUUCCUCUCCUCAUCAUUAAUUUUGAUUGAGGCACUCUUUUUGGUUGAGGACCUCUUAAUAAUGAACUAAGGUUGUCUCUCUUCCACAAUGGAACCAUGCUCAAGGACCACACAAGAGAAGGGAACUCCCUGUGACCUUCAAGACAGUCUAUUUGACGACACUGUCCUCAGAACUAUGAACACUGACAAAUGUAAAUUCGCAAUGAAAGGUAUACAAUACCCUACACCCGGAACUAGUCUGUUUGCUCGACCACUUCGCCGCUCGGACUAUGACAAAGGCUUUCUUCAACUGCUCUCUCAGCUGACAAAAGUAGGUGACUACAGUAAAGAGGCAUUUGAAGCACAGUUCAACUCGAUGCAAGCACUACCAGGAAUGUACUAUGUAGUGGUGAUAGAAGACACGUCAACGGCUACACUAGUGGCCAGUGCUACACUGCUGAUUGAGCAUAAGUUUAUUCAUGGUGCUGUUAUACGAGGUCGUAUUGAAGACGUUGUCGUGGAUAGUGAGUAUCGAAGUUCUAGUUUAGGGUCAUUCCUUUUGGAACUGUUAACUUGUUUUUCUGAAGAAAUUGGUUGUUACAAGAUAACUCUCGAUUGCAAGCUAAAACUGGUUGGAUUCUAUGAGAAAUUUGGUUACAAUAAUGAAGGACAAUGUUUCCUCACAAAACGUUUUAAAGACUAAAUAUAUUUUUAGCAGUAAUUGUUAGGUGAUUUGUCUUUUUAUUGUAUUGUUGUGAUCAUUAUCAAUAAUUAUGUUCUUGUCAAAAUUAAAUCUAUUUACAGCUUUCUUUGA